AUGGCAACCAAUGUCGAGGAAUCAAAACCGAUCAAUUUUGUGAGUCAAGAUGAAAUCUGGAAGACACGUCUUAAGGUCGAGAAAGAGUCAUCCAAAAUCUGGCCUCAUAAGUGGGGCUUUCUCUCAGAAGUCUAUAUAGAGAGCCAGAGGAAGGGGGCGGGACUGAGGGAGGCGGCCGGGGAGCUGGACCUCCCACCUCAUCUGAGGGCACGCCCCCCGACCCCCGCCGAAAAAUACAUCCAUGUAAGCCCCUCCCCUCCUGUACCCCAGACAACUCAGGCUUUGAUUGGCUGGAGGUCUUCCCAGCCACAUCUCCAGCUAGAGGUCUAUGGCAAGGAGACCCAUGGGAGGCGGAGCUUCCUGAAGGAACUGGGCUGGACCCUAGAAUCUUGCACCUGAUUGGAUAACUGACCUCAUGGACAUGGACCCGGAGUGCUGUGGGAUCCAGUCAAAAUGCUGAAUGUAGAUUGUAGAUUAAAUAUUUCAGUUUGAUCCACCACUAAAUCAUUUCUUGGUUUAUUGUUGAAAUAUUUG